CAAAAAUUGAUUUCCCCUUUCAAACAGAAAUUGAUUUCCCUUUCAAAAAAUUUCAUUUUUUUCACUUUGAUCCUCUGGAAAUUGUCCUUUCUUCUUCUUCGAAUGUCACUAACGUUGGAUUUGUCUGAAGAAAUUUCACCAUUUUCAGUAACCUGGAGGAACAAUAAGUUACUCGACACUUAUCAACAAGAACCUUGUUCAUCAGAACUCAAAUCUCGAUCAGAUUUACAAUCUCUUCAAAAAUUACUCCCUGUUCGAAAUAACUUUACUGAAUUUACAAAAUGUUCUACAAAUUAUGAGUCAUUUCCGCCUGAUCUGAACAGUGAUGAGUGGUUCUGCUUGUCGGAAAAACAAGACGAUGGAGGCGGCGGAGUUGGUGGUGCAGAUGCUACUGGUGAAAAUCAUCGGUUAGGAAUGGAUUCUCAGGUUAGGGUUUCUUCCAACCCUGAACCCCCUCUUCCGGAAAUCGUUUCCAGAUUCCAGGAUACAAUUCAAGAACCAAAGAUAAGUCCAAUGGAAAAUGAAGAGGUUGCUGUGAAAGCAACACACUCUGAUACUGAAUUUGGUUCUGAUGUUGCUGGAAAUGAAAAUGUGGAUGAUGACUUGGGUGAAAGUUUGUGUAUUAAGAAGAGAAAGAGAGAAAUCCAGGAAGAACUUAAAGGUCACUUUGAGGAAUUGGUGAAUAAAAUGAUGAACAAGCAAGAGGAUAUGUAUAAGGUAUUACUCGAGAGGCAAGAUGAUAUGUACAAGGUAUUACUGGAGAAGAUAGAGCAGAAGGAGAAACAUCGGAUUACGAGAGAAGAAACUUGGAGGAAUUUGGAAAUGGAAAGGAUGAGGAAGGAGACAGAGCAGAUGGAGAAAGAUAGGAUUAGGAGAGAAGAAACUUGGAGGAAUCUUGAAAGGGAAUUGAUGAGGAAAGAGGAGGAGAAGAGGGCUCAUGAUACUCAUCCAAAUUUAGCGUACUUAGAACAGCAGGUAAUUAGUACUCCAGAUUCCACAGGGCAGCAGAUAGUCGGUAUUCCGCAGUCUUCGGAUAUAGAUUUGGAUGAUCAGAGCGGUCAGGAAAAACAAAGGCUUACGAGAUGGCCUAAACAUGAAGUACAAGCCUUAAUCUCCCUUAGAACGGCAGUGGAGCCAAAAUUCCUUAGUGGUGCCUCAAAAUUACAGAUGUGGGAAGAGAUAUCUCUGGGAAUGGUUUCAAUGGGAUUUACUAGGACUGCAAAGAAGUGUAAAGAGAAAUGGCAGAAAAUGUACGGAUACUUCAGGAGAGCAGCGGGAAGCAGCAAACAGCCAGGGGAAAAUGCAAAGACAUACCCAUAUUUCCAAGAACUGGAUAUGUUUUACCAAAAAUGUCCCGCUGAAAAGGCUCGAGAUGCUGCAAUUGAAAAGGCUUCGGAGGGUGAAAUUGACACUAGUUCAAAAGAAUUAUCAACUUCUGAGGAUCAAUCUAUCUUUUUUUGAGGGGAGGGCAUGAAUCUAUAUACGGAGAGGGUAAUUUUGUUAACAUCCUUAGAGAUAUCACAUUUUGCUUCAGGAUGCUCUAGUCUCUCAUCAUUACCGAGAAACUUAUUUUUUAGCGGUUCUUCUGUCUGAGAAGGCUAUAUUAGCUGAUGUAGAUCUAGCUAGUUUGGAUUAACCAGCCUCCUUUUUUGAUUACUCUUUUGUAUGAGGAUGCAAUGACGGUAACUUUGUUAACAUCCUUAGAGAUUGCACCUUUUUGCUUCAGUUUUCUUCAGGAUGCUUUAGCCUGUCAUCACUAAGGACAGGAUAAUUUUGUAGCCUAUCUUCUGUCCAAGAAGGCUAUGUAUAUAUCAGCUGAUCUUCUGGAUACUCUUCUGUAUGAGGACGCGAUGGGGAGGGCUUUCCCACGAUUUGUAAGCCAUCUAGUUUCUAAUAUAAAUCCUAUU